AUGGUGUGUAUCCCAUGCAUCGUCAUUCCAAUUCUGCUCUGGGUCUACAGAAAAUUCCUGGAGCCAUACUUAUACCCUCUGGUAGCCCCUUUUGUUAAUCGCAUAUGGCCUCAAAGAAGUCUACAGCAACCCAGUGAUCAAACUAAAGCCAAAGGAGACUAUAAGUGUGCAGACGUAAACGGGCCAAUAGAAAUCUCUGAUAAAAAGAAAGACUGA